CAUAAUAUCUCAGAAAACAGCUUAUAUAUACUUUUAUUGCACACGAGUCUUUGUUCAAAGGUGGCUAUAACCAAUUUGAACUUUUCCAUUCUUCAUACGUGAAAAUAUCAAUGCUGUUGUUGGCGUAUUAGAGUUGACAAUAUUGAAGAAGGGUCUGAUAAGUUUACAACGGUGGCGAAUCCUAGUGAAAAAAAGGGGAACAACAAGGUUGUUUGUUACACGAGACAGAGUGAUUUGGAUGAAUUUGAAGAGAGACAUGAUCUUAAGUUGUUGUCAAUGCCAAUGAUGUUUCAUGGUUUCAAUAGGGAGAAAGAGAUGUCUGCAAUGGUUUAUGCUCUGACUCGUGUUAUCUGUGGUGAUGAGGAGGAGCAUGGUGGUUAUGAUCAUCAGAAAAUGGAACAUAGUGCAUUUGGAGGUGGUGGUGAUGGUGAUGAUGCUAAUUUUCAUGUGACACCAAACAUAGCUUCUUGUUCUGCAACACCAUCUUAUGGUGGUGACAGUUUUUCCCUCAAGAGAAGGAGGGAAGAUGGUGAUUUCUCAUGCAGAGCUUCACCCCCUGCUAUUCCCCCAAUUGCAGAACGUUCAAGCAACUUGACCAACACAGCAACAACAAAAAUAAGCCCAAUGGUGAAACCAGUAUACGAAUACAGAACAGAGAAUGUGAGGGAGGAAACAGAGCAACAACCGAAGAGAAAAUACAGAGGAGUGAGACAGAGGCCAUGGGGGAAGUGGGCUGCAGAGAUCAGAGACCCUUUCAAAGCUGCAAGAGUCUGGUUAGGAACAUUCAACACAGCUGAAGAAGCAGCCAGAGCCUAUGAUCAAGCUUCACUGCGAUUUAGAGGCAACAAGGCAAAACUCAACUUCCCUGAAAAUGUGAGGCUCCUACAACAACCUUCCAUCAAUCAACCAACUACCCAUUUCAGCAAUUCAAAUUCUUCAGAGCCAAUAGUUCAUGCAGAAGCUCAACACCACACUUUUCAGGGUUCCAGUGGUUCCAAUUCAAGCAACUUUUAUGACUAUUCUCCUAUGAGUUUAUAUGAUCAGGCAAAUGUGUCAUCAACCAUGGCUUCUCAUCAUCUUCAAUCUUCCUCAUCAUCAUCAUCAUCAUAUUCUUCUAUGUUUGCUUCUUCUGUGAGUUCUCUGCAAGAAGUUUCAGUUCCUUCGGUUUAUUCUACUCAGCUGCCAGCACAGUAUUCUGUCCAUAGCUCCUCUCCCUCUGGCUCUGGCUGAUAUUCAUGUCAAUUUUCUUGGUCUAACACAUGUAUCCCUCAGACAAUCAUGUUCGAGUUGUGAUCAUUUCCAUGCUCGUGGCGGGUGGGGUGAGCACACCAGUGGGUUUUUUUUCAUGCUUUGUUUAGAUGGAAUCAAACAUAUACCGCUUCCUUGACAAAAAAAAACAUAUACAGCUUGAACCAGUAUCUCUAGGUUAUAUUCAUUCCAUUUAAAGUACUAGUUUGUAAUAUUAUCCUUUUGUAUUUAGCUGUCUAUUUCUCUCUUCAGAUAUCAUCAAUAAUAUUCUUGAUGAGCUUAUCACUCCA